UUAGGAUGCCCCGAAACGCCAAACGAAGGAAGCACCUCUGUUGAGUCAUUCAAUUCAACCCCCCCCCUCUCUCUCUCUCUGCCAUGAAAACUCAGCGACCAAAGCUCAAAGCGACGCCGUGUCCCCUCUUCUCUUGCGGUCUGUUCCGCCACUGCUCUCAGACCGUACUCAGUCCCACCACCUCCACUCCUCCUCCCCUUCCUCUCUCCUCCAAAUUCUAUGAGCCUGAGGUUCCGCCUCCGCCGCCCCGAAAGCCACCACUGCCUGUGCCAGAGUCAGAGUCAUCCUCUUCUUCCAACACCUCUCAGAGCUUCACCCAGUGGCGGUUCCCACUCCCCAGCUCCCCCGUCUCCCGCCACUCCUUCCCCCCGCUGGAGUCCACCCACCGCCACCACCACCCUCCACAACCGCCGGCGGCGGCUGUUAACCUUCAAGAGCUCUUUCACGUGGCGGAGCUGCAGCUGAGUUCGGAGUCGGACGGGGACCGGGUCAAGGCCCUGCACAUGCUAGAGCGCUCGCUCGUGCCGAACCCCGUCGGCGGCGGCGAGGAGGAGGUUUGCCCGGCGGCGGUGAUGAGAGGGGUGGUGGGGUAUGUGAAGGAAAUGGAGGGCGCGAAGCCGGCGACCAAAGUUUUGCUGGCGCUUUGCCUGGCGGAGGAGAACCGGCGCGUGGCGGUAGAAGAGGGGGCGGUGGGGGAGGUAGUGGAGGCGCUGGCGGACUUGGAAGGGCCGGCUGCUGAGAGGGCGCUGGCGGCUCUUGAGCUGCUGUGCACGGUGGCGGAGGGGGCGGAGGAGGUCAGGGUCCACGCGCUUGCCGUCCCUAUGUUGGUUCAGGUGAUGGGGAAGAUGGCUGGAAGGGGGAAGGAGUACGCGAUAAGCGUGUUGGCGGUGAUUUACGGCGGUUUCCGGGAGGGGCUGAUGGCGCCGCCCGAAGAGGUGGCGCGCGCGGUGGCGUUGGCUUUGCAAGGCGACUGUAGUGCCAGGGGCAGAAGAAAAGGCGCCCAGCUCCUCAAAACUCUUCAAGACACCCAACGGGCGGACCCGAACAUGAUGGAUGAUUCCACCACCACCCCUCCUGAUGACCCAUGACGCUGAGGUGAUCAUGAUGAUGAUAAGCGGCCCAGAUUCGCCUGCCAGUCACAUCUCAUCAUGGGGUUCGUUCUUUUUUUUGAUCCUACCCGACCCGACCCGACCCGUGUUUUAAUUUGCUUAUCUACUUCGAGUUCGUUGAAUAUUUUGGUGAAUCAGUAUUUAUUGUUGUAAUUUGCUUUGCUACCACUAUUUUAGGGUAUAUUGAAAUAAGGUCAAAUUGGUCC